UGUCCUUGUCACAACAUAUCAGUCUGUCAGCUGGCAGAGACCGGCUUGAAAUACUCUACUAAUUUCAACCUUCUGGAUUUUAUAUUUUGUUCACCUGUGAGAAGAAAUAAUUUCAUCUGAUAUCAUAACAGUUGCUGAGGUGAUGCAUUUGGUAAAGUUUAGCAAGGAACAAAAAUAUCUGCAAAGCUAAUAUAAGUGUGAACUUAUCUGUAACUGUACAAUCUCUUCUAGAAGGUUUCUGCAAAGCAAACCAAUGCAGAGUAAUUUAGUCACUGUAACCUUCAAUUCAUCACCAAAAAUGGAAGUGAGGAAGACACAGUACUUGGGACCACGCAGAAUGUAUGCCGGGCCACCACCAGAGGUGCUAAGACGGUCAAUAUCGGACAGUUGUGGAAGUGGUCCCAUGGUCAGAACACCUCAUGAUCACUUUUGGAAUUCAGGCUCGCAGCAGACAUUCCCAGUUCACAGAUUUGGUCGAUCCAAUUCAGAAAGUGACGCGAAACAUGUUAUGACCUUUGACGAGGCAGUUAACGGACAGAUGCUUGCAAAGUGUUUGACGGAAUCUUCUAUUCGUGGGAAAAAUGGCUCGCGGAAUGAAUCACCAUUUAUUCCAAGGAAAUACUCGUAUCAAACAAGUCACAUGGGAUGGGGUGCAAGCAGCAAUUCUGUACACAUGCUUCGCCCAAGAACCGUUACUUCCCGGUCGAGUUCGUCUGGAGAUGAUACCGAUAUCGGUAGCAACCAGUUGCUGACUGCGGGUGAAUUUUCAAACAACAACACAAAAAAAAUUUUAAACGAAAAUACUGAUGGCCUGAAAGUAAAACCCUCAAAUGAAAAUUUACGUAAAAUACAACAGCAAGGCGGUAAUCGUAAAGAACUUCAUCUCGAUCUUGGUGGCCCAAGUGGGAAUUUACUGCAACAAGUUUUAUCUGAGGAUUCAGUGUUUGAUAGUAAUUUGGCUUACAGCCAACCAAAAAGAGAGGAAUAUCAACGUUCGACUAGUAUGAAUGACGGUAGAACACAACGUUUCUGGGAAGCGAAGGAGAAAUUUCAACCCCCUCGCCAUUGUAGCUUAGAUCAUUGCUUCUUUGUUCCGCAGGAUUUUGAUUCGGACCCGGAGUUUCCCACAAGUUUAUUGUCCUCACCACUCAUGCUACGAAAAAAUGAUGAAUCAAACCAAUCUAGUACGAAUAGAUUUUCAGAUGAAAAUAAUCCUGAUUUAGUUUCUAUUGCUAAAAUUGGAGAAUCGCUUGCAAUUGAGGUCACAAACUCCGAUCAUAUUCCAUUUGUGCGAUCACGUCCAGGAUCCAAUCAGAAGUCGAUGCCUAAUAAGCAAACUUUGAGUAAAUUGCCAGCCGCUGAAAAGGUGACAUCAGUUGAAACAGGAAAGUCGAAUGAUAUACUUACAGCAAGAUUGAAUCAGCAGGAUAAUUUCAACGUCAGGGCCACUGAGUGUGACUCAGCAUCCCCAGAGAAGAAAGGAGAAGCGUCAGCUGCCAGUGGGAUAGAACCCGCGGACAAACUCGACAAAAUGCACGAAAAUCCAAAAGGAAAGUCACAGGAGAAAAAUAACGUACACGUCGAGAAAAUGCCAAAAACUCCCCACUCUACCUCAGUUUUUGGACGUUUGUUUUCUUUACGCCGCAAAAAUAAGGAUGACAAUCACAAAAAUAAGGAAGAAGAGGAGAUGCCAAAGACUGCUCUCAAGGCAUCAAAUUCGUCCAAGAGUCAAAGUCCACGGUCAGAUAUUACUGUUCGAUUCUCGGAUAUAAGUUGCGAGAGUGAUGAAAUUUGGUUUGAUAAUGUGACAAGCUUGGAAUCUAAUGGAGUUAUUAAUAAGGAGUCUUCCUUCCAAGAGGUUUUACGUGUUACCCUACCGAAGGAUGAUCGUAGACGUUCUGGUCCUCCGGUGAAGCGCAAACCACUCUACAAACGAAGUUGGAGUGACCCAUAUAAGAAUAAAGAAAACAUGACAUUUGAUGGAUCCCUUGUUCGCACUGGGUCAGAAAAAGUGCGUAAAUUAAGCCGUAAACCUAGACAGCGAGGUGGGUCAGCACGGGGAAUAUGUAGCUUGUGCGGUUUCACGGUUGGACGAGAACGUGCAUACAUUAAGGGAAGACUCUUCCACGAAUCCUGUAUAUACUGCUCAAAGUGUGAGAGGCCGUUAAAUGCGAAGGGAUACAUUGAAAGUGUUGAUUCAACUGGUUGCCAAUACAAGAGGCGAUGUUUGUGUUCUCCCACAUGUAUAUCAUCAAGGGAACCCGCCUUCACGCAUCACUUCAUCUUUUGA